UAAGAAAGAAAUUGUAAUUCUUAUGUAGCGAAUAAUUUAAAUAUUGGUUUAUAUCUCUGUUAUUUUAAAUGAAUAUACCUGUCUAUUAGAGUUUUAUAGAAUUGUAAUGGAACUGCAUUCUUCAUGUUGAAGUAUGAUUUGUUAUCAGCAUGAGACCCAAAAGCUAAACAAGCAUAGAUGUGUGAACUAAUGGACCACUGUUCCGCAGUGCAUUUAUGGCAUCCCAGUUGAUCCAGAUGUAUCUCUUUGCACAAGACAUACUUUAAAGGCCAAAGUUUAUUGUUGAAUGUACAUGUCAAUUGUUUAGAGAGCCUCCUCAUUAAGAGAAAACAGAGACUAGAACCAAGGAAGAGGACACCGUACUAUACCAGUCAGUACGGCUGGUAUAGGGCGUACCGACCGGAAUAGAAAAAAGAUAUAUAUAUAUAUAUAUAUAUAUAUUUUUUUUUUAUGAUUUGUAAUUUUUAAAUUUUUUUAAGGGCAAAACCACUCUCUCGGUCUCUAUUUCUCACAAUCUCAUGCGGUCUCUCUCACUUUCUCGGUCUUUUUUUUGUUGCUAAACCACUCUCUCAGUAUCUCAAUCUUUCUUUCUCUCACAGUCUCUCUCGGUCACUCUCUCUCAGUUCAUGUCAAUUUGAGAUUUGGUUUCUCAAAUCUCAUCUAAGUCGAAGCUAGAAGCUGCAGAACAAGUAAAAUUUUGUAUUUUGUUUUCUUAGUAUGCAAUGAAUAAUUAAGCUUUCAAUUUUUUUUUCCUUUUCCUUUAGUUGAUGCUAAAAUCUAAACCCAUGAAUAAUUUGUUCUGAAUUGAGGUAAUGUUUUAUGGUAAAACUUUUAUUUUUAUUAUAUAUAUAUAUAUUUAUUUAUUUAUAAAUAUAAAAAAUAGUGGUAGUAUGAGAUUGACUCCCUUGACUAGAAUGACCUAGAUCCACUGCUUUGCAAAAAGAUGUUUCAACAUACAAUUAUUUAUUUUUAUCUUUUUAUUUGAUAAGUUUCACCACUAGGAAAAUGACCAUCACAUUCGAAAUUGAUUCAUUUCAUGGUUCAUAUUAAAAUUUUCAUAUCUAUGCUUAUAUCUAGUGAUGCAUCAAAUAAAAUUUUAAAGGGGAAAUUAUAGUAAACCCACUUAUGGUUUGACCCGUUUUCACUUUGCCUACCUAUGGUUUAAAACUUAACAUUUUGCCCAUCUGAAUUUUAAUCCGUUUGCUCUCCGUUACCCACCUCACCCUCAAAUAUUAGAAAAACACUAUUUUAUUAAAAAUUAUAACAUAACACAGACCAAAAACACAAACCAUUUAAUCUUUUCCUCAUGAGCCCUAGAUACAUGAAAAACCCUUGUAUUGAGUUAGGGUUUUGAUUUUUCUGAUCGUAGUGCAUAACACUUUCAUGUGAGGGUGAGGUUCUGACUUUGGGUUGUCUUGAGGCAUUGAAUAUUCGAAGAUACAUCAUCACCAGGUACGAAAUUUCUGCUUUAUGUGGGUUAGGGUUUCAACUUUUGAUGGCAACUUUGAUUCACAGGAAAUUUGAUUCACACGAAGUUGAUAAGCAAUGUCUUCUUCGAGUGGAAAUUACUCAAGUUCAAGUGGGCAUAUGUGUACAUAUGAGAUUUGUGUGCUGAGAACAAGUUUGACUGUGGAUUAUUUUGGGAGAAGGUUUCUGGGUUGUAGCCGAUAUAAGGUUGGUCCUAAGUGCCUUUUCUUUCAAUGGAUUGAUAAUCCCACUUGUAUGCGUGAGAAUGCAACUGCCCAUUUGGUGCAACAAAAGUUGGAUUUACUGCGGAGUGAGUUGCAACUUGCAAAUGAAAGGGAAAGAGCAGCUACCCAAACAAUAGCAGAAGCUACCCAAACGGCAGAAAUUGCUCAAGAAAAGGCAACAAAAGCCACUGAGAGGGAGAUAAAGUUUCAAGCUUCCUCUAUUACAACCAAGGAGAUAGCAGUAAAAGUUUUAGAGCAAGAGAGAAAGUGCAGAAUUACACUAAUACUGUCAUGGUUUUUUGUUGUUGUUGUUGUUGUUGCUUUGUUUUGGUUAUGUUGUUUUCAUAUUUUGGCUCAAGUGAGAAUGUUGGAAUGAUGAGAUUAAGUUUGCCUGGUGGGUUGUAAUGUAUAAGCAGGUCUUAAAUUGUAUUGUAAUAGAACUAUGUAAAAUGGUAGAUGCUGUUGGCUU